AAUUUUAAGUGAUAAGAUGGCGGAUGGGAAGAGUCAUACGUAGAUAGAGAUAUACCUUACAAUUUAACUGAACGGCGAUUCGUCAUCUUUAUGUCAUACUCGAGUCAAUAAAUAUUUUCUGCAGGGUCGUAACACAGCGCUUAUAAUCUACAGAUAAUGUGCUCAGUUCUCCCAAACUGAUUCCGGCAAUUUCAGAAUUAGUUUUAAAAUGUACAGGUGUCAAAAAUGUUGCGAUCAGGAGAAGUGAUUGAACGAUAAUAAAUGGACUUGCUGUGAUUUUUUUAUGGAACUGAAAUUAAUCUGAAUUCCACUUUUGAAGAGUUAAUUUCCUCUGCAUGUUGUAUUAUUUUCUGUAAAGGAUUGACAUUGUGAACUCUUUCCCAUUUCCAUUUAUUAGAAAAAAUUCCCAGUGUUCUGCCCUGAAAUAAUGUAGUAAUAUUGAGUAACAAUUUAGUGAAGAAAGUGAAGAUGUUUUACUGAACACAAUUUCUACAGAAUUAUCCCAUUUAGGUAGGAUCAGCGAAACGCGCCGAUUGGAAGGGAUUGACAGUUGGGCAAUUACCGGAGGGACAAUGGGUUGUCCGAUGAAAAGCACAGUGACAAUGAUGGUCAGGCCAAUGAUGCGAAGGGAUAUUGCGCUGGGAUUUUGUUUGGGUGUGCUGCUCUACAUUGUUUAUUUCGUUGUUAACAAUAAUUCGACAUGGAAGGAGAGCCUGUAUUUUCCUGAACAACACACGAGUGAUGAAGCUUCCCACAUUAGAAGAAAUGAGCCGGGCUUCAUAGAACCACUUCUGUCGACAGACGUGAAUGAGGCACCUGAGGAAGGCAAAGGUAUAUUUUUCCUCGAGACCUCCCCUUUCCGGGAAGAGGGUGUCUCCUUAACAGCGAGGCAGGCUUGUGCAGUGGAAUCAGCCGCCAGGAUGAACCCAACAAUGCAAGUUUACUUUUUGCUGCUCAAUCAAUCGAAAAUCUCGGCGAAAGCACAAGACUUUGUGAACAUAUUGUUGAGCUACGAGAACAUCAAGAUCAGACAGAUUUUCAUGAAAGAUUAUGUGAAGAACACACUUUUGGAGAAAUGGUGGGAUCCGAAGAUUCUCAGCCACAGUGGUUGGCCGACGCAUCACACGUCUGAUAUCCUUAGGUAUCUUACCCUCGCGAAAUUCGGGGGUAUUUAUCUCGACCUUGACGUCGUAGUCAUGAAAUCAUUGGAGCAUCUUACGAAUUUCGUGGGGGCUGAGGAUUGGAUGAACGUGGCUUCUGGUGUUCUGGGAUUCGGAAUAGAUGAUUUAGGCCGAAGGGUCGCUGACGCUUGUUUAACAGAAUUGAAGACGGAUUUCCGAGGCGAUAUGUGGGCGUACAAUGGACCAGGUGUUAUUACGAGAACUCUCAAAAAAUUGUGUGACACUGAACAUAUUCGUGAUAUGUCGAAAGAACGCUGCCAUGGAUUCACCGUCUACCCACCGUCAGCAUUUUACCCAAUUAGUUAUCCAGAUUGGAAAUUAUAUUUUGAAGCGAAAUCGAAAAACUCCACAAUGCAGACAAUCAAGGAUUCAUUUGCGAUUCAUACCUGGAACAAACUCAGCAGCGCAGGGGUCAUUACAGUCGGCAGUGAAGUGCCCUACGCCCUCGUAGCUAAUGAAUUUUGUCCAAAGAUUUAUCGGCAUUCUGGAAAAUUUUUCUAAACUCAAUGUUCAUCUUCCGUCCAGUAUUAUUCACAUCAAGGAGAUAAAUCCGCAUCUUUUCGUUGUCCGAAACGACGAAAUUCCAAACAUAAUGGUCACGCCACGUCAGUAAACUAAUAAUUAAUUUCAACAAUAGAAUUCAUUCUGAAAAUAACAGCGAAUAAAACUCUCGCCCAUGAUUUUAUAAUAAAAAAAAUAAAAAUUCUCCCGUACUGA